AUGGAUGUGAUCCCUCCGGAGUACGACUCGGUGACUCGAGAACGCGUGUACCGGCAAGAGUGGCUCGAGUACUUUCACUACAUCGGCUUCGAGAGUGCGAUACGCGAUUACCCGGCAGAGUACCGCGCCCUCUUCCCUCGUGGACAUCACAAGCCGCCUGCCAUACCGCCUCCGCUUCCUAUUGGGGGUGCGACGUCUCAUACGGCACCCACCUCAGCAACCGAGGCAAAGAUGUUCAUUGUCGACGAUGAAGACAAAGUGACCGGCGAUGGCAGCGACGCCGACGAGAGUUGGUCUUCGCUCAUCUCUUCCUCAUCGUCCUCUGAUGCCUCCACGACACACGAUACAACCCGUGGGAGCUAUUCUGUCUGCUACUUGGCAAGUUGGUGUGAAUUUGUGUUUCUUCGAUGCUUUUCUUCUUUGGCCUGCCUCAAGUAA